GUGACUUUUCUAGUAUAUUUAUUGUUAUCCACCACGCAAUGAAUGAGACGUAAUGGCCUUCACUUGGUGAUAAAAGGAUCUUUAUGUCGAGCCGGCCCGAGCCCUGUAAGUUACUCCUUUCGAGGGGCUCUCUCCCAACAGUUCCGUAUAUUCCUUUAAACCACCAAGUACUGCAAAACCCAGCUCUUUGUAAUUUUGCUGCACCAAAUCAGCGUCACGUAGAGGAAAUACUGCAAGUGCCAUUGACCGCCAGACCCGUUUAAUCAGUGCAUGGUGUUUUAAGCUUAGACGCAUCCGGGAGCUGCAGUCGUCCCUUGCAUUGUCGCUCACCCUGUGACAUCAACUCAUCGCGUGCAUCAUGGCUGGUCACACAGCUUUAACACGUACUGAUGCAGACACGUGUAAGUCUCCAAUCAAUUAUUCAAUGUCCUCCUUCCCCGCCCUCGACGUCAUAACCCCACCCCCUGUCGAAGACACCAAGCCCGGUUGGCCGGAGUUCGCUCAGGACCUCCGCGUGGACCGUGUCAGACGGCGCGCUCGCGCCGGCAAGACAAGCGUCGAGGCCGUCCUGCACCGGUGCGGGGAGUGCUCGUACGUCACCAAACGCCGGACCAACCUGGAACGGCACCGGCAGGCCAUGCACAGCCGCGACAAACAGCUGGAGUGCUGCGGCAGCCUCUUCAACAGCAAGUCGGAGCUGCGGAGGCACGUCCGCCACCAGCACGACACCGGCUACGGCUGCCCACAUUGCGGCCGCGUGUUCUGCCGCAAGGCGCUGCUCAAGCGGCACAUGAGCGUCCACAACGGCGUCAAGGAAUUCGCCUGCCGGAUCUGCAGCUACGCAAGUAGCCAUAAGAGCAACCUGGAGCGCCACCAGCGCAUCCACGGCAAACACAAUCCAGACUGCAAGACUAAGUCUAAUGACAGUGCCGUCCUCAAGACCCGACAAGCGGUCCGCUCCUACGUCCGUGAUCAAAAGGUGGACGAGUUCAUGGCGCAUCUGAACACCUUGUACCACAAGAUAACUUGGGGAGCAACGACGGAGGACAAGCAGGAAGGCGCAUCUUCGGCCAUAAGUGUCUCUAACCUGAGCCCCAAACGAAUGUUCGCAAACCCUUAUAAAUGUCUGCUGUGCAAGGAGAGAUGGCAGAGCCAGGAGGCACUCAAGAAACACGAGAGGGCGUGCCACCCUGACCUGGAAGUCCGAGCACUGCUGUCUUUACCAAUGGAACACGUGCUCCACCUGAUAAGUCUGGCAGGUGUUAGAAUUUCGCUGGCAUCUUACGCAUUGCAGUGAAGGCCACCAAGGCUCG